UAAUAUCAAGAAGGCUGUGAAGAUUGCAUAUGACUCCAACUAGAGCAUGCUUUGCCUCCUCACCAUGAAUGAAAGAUGGCCCUUUUGCAUUUUCUUUUCUCCUAAGGCAAACCAGGCCCCAGCUAUUUGGCCCUUCGAAUAUAUUCAGCAGCAUCUAGACCCUCUUCGCCACUGGACGGGGAAAACCAUAGGGACUCCUCUCCCUCCCUCUCUCUGAAAUAACUGCAGUCUCUACUGCGAAAACUUACUUUUGAUAUCAGAAACUCUACCCGUAUUCUUCUUUUCUUCUCUCAUGCACACAACUGCUCUUGUUCUCAGGCUUUGCUUCUUUCUCAACUAAGCCAUGGACGAAACAGAAGAGUCCAAUGCUACCAAGAAAUGCACCUCCAAGGCCAGGACUUUCAGGGCUCAAAACAACCCUCAAAGCCGCCAAUAUCACCACCAAUAUCAUCUAUUGCAGCAGCACAACUCAAAUAGGAUUUGGUAUUGUAACCAGAACCAGUACCAAGCUUACCCUGCUCUUCUUCCUUUGCCUCCAACCAUACCUCUCCAGCCCACUGCAACUCCACCUUUUCCUCAGAACCAAUGUUUCAGAUCAAAACCUCAUUUGCAGAAACCUUCUUGGAAGGGGAAUAACCCUCCCUUGGCCACCUCUUCGGACACCGAACCCCCAAAUUCAGCAGUUUUGCAAGCUCCAGAGCGGCUUCAACAGCAACAUGGCAUACCCUUAAAAGGAAAAGAUGGAAGGAGAGUCAUAGGUGCCAAGCCACAAUCAUUAGUAGCGAGGAGACCGGAUUCUGGAGGUGUAGAGGGGCCUAUAAUUCCUCUCCUUGCCAACCAUUUCCUGGUCCAAUUCGAUCCCACGCAUCGAAUUUUCCACUAUGAUGUUGAGAUCUCUCCGAAUCCUUCCAAGGAGUUUGCUCGAAAGAUCAAGCAAAAACUGGUAGAGGACAACUCAGCCGUGCUCUCUGGUGCACGUCCAGCGUUUGAUGGUGGAAAGAAUCUUUACAGCUCAAUUGAAUUCCAAAGUGAUAGACUUGAAUUCUUUGUUAGCCUCCCAAUACCCUCAGUCAAGUUAUUGUUACCAUCUGGACAAAGCUUUAAGUCUCAAGAAAAGCAUCAGCAACUUAAGCUCUUCCGCGUAAACGUCAAACUUGUCUCCAAGUUUGAUGGAAGGGAACUGGGCAGCUAUUUGAGCAAGGAGGGAGAUGAUUGGGUACCACUUCCUCAGGAGUAUAUCCAUGCCUUGGAUGUUGUCUUGCGCGAGAGCCCAACAGAGAAGUGCAUACCUGUGGGGCGAUCACUAUACUCGAGUUCAAUGGGAGGGACUAAAGAAAUCGGAGGAGGAGCUGUUGGAUUGAGGGGUUUCUUUCAAAGCCUAAGACCAACCCAACAAGGACUUGCUCUCAAUGUAGAUUUCUCUGUGACCGCAUUCCAUGAAAGUAUUGGUGUUAUCCCCUAUCUGCAAAAGCGUCUUGAGUUUCUGCGUGAUCUUUCUCAGAGGAAGACAAGAGGUUUGACAGGAGAAGAAAGGAAGGAAGUGGAGAAGGCAUUGAAGAACCUGAGAAUAUUUGUUUGCCAUAGAGAAACUGUUCAGAGGUAUAGGGUUUAUGGCUUAACUGAGGAAGCUACAGAGAAUCUCUGGUUUCCAGACAGGGAUGGGAAGAAUUUGAGACUAGUGAACUAUUUCAAGGAUCAUUAUAAUUAUGAUAUUCAGUUCAGGAAUUUGCCAUGCUUGCAGAUUAGUAGGAGCAAACCAUGCUAUCUUCCUAUGGAGCUUUGCAUGAUUUGUGAAGGCCAAAAGUUCCUUGGGAAGCUUUCAGAUGAUCAGACUGCAAGGAUACUAAAGAUGGGCUGCCAAAAACCAAGAGAACGAAAGGCAAUUAUUGAUGGAGUCAUGAAAGGAACAGUUGGUCCAACAAGUGGCAUUCAAGAAAAGGAAUUCAAACUCCAUGUUUCAAGAGAAAUGACAAGAUUGAAUGGAAGGAUUCUUCAACCUCCCAAACUAAAGCUUGGCAAUGGUGGCUUCAUAAGAGAUCUAAUUCCUUCCCGCCAUGACCGUCAAUGGAACCUUCUGGACAGCCAUGUCUUUGAAGGCACUAGAAUUGAGAGGUGGGGAUUAAUAAGUUUUGGAGGAAGUGCUGACCAAAAAUCCAUCAUUGCAAAGUUCAUAAGCCAGUUGUCUCAGAGGUGCGAGCAAUUGGGCAUCUUUCUUAACAAAAAUACAGUUAUCAGCCCCCAGUUUGAACCGAUGCAUGUGCUUAACAAUGUAUCACUUUUAGAAUCCAAAAUGAAGAAGAUCUACAGAGCUGCAUCCAAUAAUCUGCAACUGCUCAUUUGUGUAAUGGAGAGAAAACACAAAGGGUAUGCAGAUUUUAAGCGAAUUGCAGAGACAAGCAUUGGAGUUGUCAGUCAGUGCUGCUUGUAUUCAAAUCUUGGCAAGUUGAGUUCACAAUUUCUUGCAAACCUGGCUCUUAAAAUCAAUGCCAAAGUUGGUGGAUGCACGGUUGCUUUGUACAAUUCAAUACCUUCCCAAAUCCCACGCCUUCUUCACUCUGAUGAUCCAGUGAUCUUUAUGGGAGCCGAUGUGACGCAUCCUCACCCACUGGAUGAUUUCAGCCCAUCUGUUGCAGCAGUGGUGGGGAGUGUCAACUGGCCAGCUGCAAACAAGUAUGUAUCGAGAAUGAGGUCCCAAACACAUCGACAAGAAAUUAUCCAGGAUCUUACCACAAUGGUUGGGGAAAUUUUGGAUGAUUUCUAUCAGGAACUGUCCAAACUCCCCAAGAGAAUAAUAUUUUUUCGAGAUGGCGUAAGUGAAACCCAAUUCUAUAAAGUGCUCCAAGAGGAGCUUCCAGCCAUCAAGGCAGCCUGUUCCAGGUUUCCAGGUUACAUACCUCCAAUUACCUUUGCAGUAGUUCAGAAAAGACACCACACAAGGCUGUUUCCAGAUGAAACAGAGCCAUCUGCAGCUAGAAAUCAGUUGUUUGAUGAAAACAUUCCUCCAGGCACAGUUGUUGAUACUGUGAUCACUCACCCAAAGGAAUUUGACUUCUACCUUUGUAGCCAUUGGGGUUUUAAGGGAACUAGCAGGCCAACCCACUAUCAUGUUCUAUGGGAUGAAAACCAAUUCACUUCUGAUGAAAUCCAGAAACUGGUUUACAAUCUUUGCUACACAUUUGUGAGGUGUACAAAGCCAGUUUCCUUGGUUCCUCCAGCUUACUAUGCCCAUCUUGCUGCAUAUAGAGGCAGACUCUACCUUGAACGCUCAGAUUCCUCACCUUUGACAAGAAGUUCUUCAACAAUCUCCAGGGCUGCGCCUCCAAAGGCAACCCCUCUCCCAAAACUAAGUGAGAAUGUUAAGAAUCUCAUGUUUUACUGCUGAUGUUCCUUGCAUUUACAUGCAUAUCUACGUACCAAAAUAGAACAAGAGUCCAUUUUUCAAUUCAGCCUGUAAUUCCUUCUUUCUUCAUAGUUACUGUGUUUAUUUCCAGAAUUUUGUUUUCUGUUUGUGCUGUAACAAUUACAUAGUCCACAACAACUUAUAUUCUUGGUCUAAUAGUGAAACCUCUGCUGAUUUCUCUGUU